GACUGAGUGUUGACGACAUACCCAUGUUAGAAGGUGGAAGUGAAAGUGUAGCCUCUGAGAAACAGUCACUUUUUCAUACAGCUGUCAGAGAUGGACAAGUUUAAGACAAUUCUGAACAUUGCCAACAAACAGACCAACCUUGGUUUCGGGCUGGUGGCUCUGCUGACAGCAGGAGGGGAGCAGAUCUUCUCCUCAGCUGUGUUCAAGUGUCCCUGCAAUGAUCUGAACUUCCUGUAUGGUAUGGUGUUCCUGUUGGUGCCUGCUCUGGCUCUACUGCUGCUGGGUUACAUCCUGUGUAAGAGGACGUGGAAGCUAUUAACGGGUCUGUGCCAGCACAGGGCCAAGCUGUGCCGCUGGAGAAGGCUGACUGCUGUCGGGAUGGUCCUUUUCCAGAUCAGCACCACAGCACUGGUGGCACCCUCCAGCUGGAUUGCUGUGGCUCUGCUCAACGGGAACUACUACGAGUGUUUGAUGACCGGGACCAAUAUGAGCUUUUACAACAGGAAGCUGUGUGGAGAUAAGAGGUCUCUGGCUCAGUGUGAGAAGGAGCUGAGCAGGUUCCCCUGUGGCAGAGAUAUCAGUGUACCGCAGGCUGACAGAGAGGACGUCCUGCUCACCCUCAGAGCUCAGUCUCAGAUUCUGGGCUGGCUGCUUAUCGCCUUUGUCAUGUUGUCCAACCUGCUGGUGACUUGUCUGGCCCGGUGCACCUCCCCAAUCAGCUACCUGCAGCUCAAGUUCUGGAGGGCAUAUGCUCAGGAGGAGAGCUGCCAGAUUGACUCAUACACCACUAAACACGCCAAACAGCUCGCUGAGAGGAACCUUAAUAGUUUCUUCAACCAGACACCACUUGAACCCAUCAAAACCCCUUCCAACAAUGACUGGGAGAAAAUCUCCUCCCUCUACAAGUUCAGCACCAAAGACCAGUACUACAGCACCUUGCAUCAGUUUGUGGAGAACUGCCAUGACACUGAUAACAGGAUGAUGAGGAUGGCUUCAGUCAAAUCAAGUGAAUCUGUUGAUGACAACCCUGCUGUUCUUCAUUUUGUAGAUGAGGGCAGGAUGCCACUGUGAGGAGGGUUUUCAGCAUCAAAGGACUGUGUCAGGUUUAGACCAGUCUGCUGAUAUAUGGAUUAUACUGAUAUUGUCUAUGGAGGUCUGUCUCUAAGGAGCUCUGCAUCUGUACAUGUAAAAAAGAAACACAGUGAAAAUAAUAUUAAUUCUACUUUAUAAUUUGAUGAAUAUCAAUUUAAUAAAUAAUCUUUGCUAAUAUCUGUAGUGUUCAAGAGAGAGAGGAACAGGACACUGACUAAACAGAGAACAGGAUUUAAUAUACUUAGAUUUAGACGGACUUUAUUGAUCCCUUUGGGAUGACUCCCUCUGGGAAAUUACGUUUCCAGCAGCAAAUACAGACAGAACACAUCACACAGGGCAGUACAACAACAGUUUGCGAACGAAAGACAGGGCAGCUGCAGGACAGUUAGCAAACGACACAGAAUAUAAAUAGAAUAGCAAAAGAAUAUAAAUAGAAUAGAAUUAAGGGUGAACGGACUCUGUAUAGCAUUGACAUAAAUAAAUAUAAAUCUAUAUAAUAAGUGAUUCACUGGCAGUGGAGCUUAACAAAUCCUGCUACUUUAGCAGCUUGGAACUGGAUCCAAGAUUAACUGACUAAAGAACCCAUUCCCAUUUCUGACAAAUAAAACUACAGUGUAACGCACUGGUGACAUCACAUAGCAUCUUAUCAUUGGAUUUACAACAGCUGUUGCCCACAGCACACACCAGAGGAAGUAGUGAAGGUAUAGAAGCUAGGAUGUGUUGGUUUGGAGAGUGAGCAUAUUAAAACUGCUGCCUCUCCAAACAGCUGUGUGUCAGAGCUAAGAAACAGGAUACUGAUGUGUCCCCAAGAACUGACACACAAUGACCUAUGUCAAGAUGUCAGCUCACCUUAAACACAAUAGAUAUGGGUGUUUAGACCCACAUGACAUGUUGCCAUGUGCCAUUAAAACCCUACAGCCAUGCUGACAGCUCUGUGAAGCUGUACCUUUGUUCGGUUUGCUGCUAAUUAUAACAUGUUAGAUGGCGAAGAUCAUAUCUGCUAGAAAAUCUGCAUGUUAACAUUGUCAUUGUGAGGAUGUUAGCAUGCUGGCACUCCUGAACCUAAGUCUUUUACAGUUUGCUUUUCAUUCACACAUUUACACACACUAACACACUGAUGGCAGCGAGCUCACCAUCUGGAGCAGCCCUUUGGUGCUACAUGAAAAACUGAAGAGGUCAUCAAAGUUAUUAUAGUUCAUUCUGAGGGGAAGAUGAAUAUCUGAACCAGGUUCUCAGCAAUCCAUCUGACUGUCAUCAAGAUAUUUUACACAAAACUAGAAUUACCAGCCUCAUUGUGGCACUAGAUGAAAACCCAGAGUAUCAUCAAAGUCACUGGGAAGCAUGAAGGUAGGUCCCCAUAACUUUUGAUAUAUUGAGAUGUGAGAUAUUUAAGUGUGGACCAAAUAUAGCCAUAUCACUAGCCCUCUCUGAAAACCAAAGAGCUGAAACCUGGUAUGAGGCCAGGUUAAUAAAUGAUUUAAGAGUCUGUAUUUAUACAGGUCUUACAAAAAGGGACAGAUCACACCAAACCUUGACAACCCUGACACUAACACACUGAAACAGAUCAGUGAUAUGAAUUAAACAUGAACAGCUGAGUAGAGAGAGAUUCACAGGAACCUUAUGUGCACCAAAAGAGCUUGUUUACCAUGUCUGUGUUGGCUUAAACAGGAAAUGUCUGUGUAUGAAACCUUCAUGCACUGAUUGUGAGAGCUGACCACUUCCUGUGCACUGCUGCUAGACUGCAUACAUACAUGUAAACACUCAGCAUAUGAGCAUCAGUGAUGAAAAGAAUGUAUUCCCUUCAAGCAUGCAGCAGCCUGUACACACUCAAGUGCAUUCAAAACAAGAAACUGAUGACUGUAAUGGUGUAAUGGUGUUAGUAUCAGUAGACAGUGAUGUGUUUCAUGGUGUUUUGCAGCUUGCUGUAUAAUGCACUCCAUGUUUUAAUCUCAGUGUUUUAGCCUCUCUUGUAGGGAUGGAAUUGAAAAACCACCAAGAGGAUGUGAUCACUUCCCCAUUCAUUGCUGCUGACUGCCUCUCUCUGCCUCUCUCUGUCUCUACAACAAUGCUCUGUUCUCUAUGCAAACAUUUCAAUAACCAUACUUCUUAUUUUAAUGUAAAUGAAUGUCUGUUUCUCACAAAAGUGAAUAAAAACAGGAGGAAGACUCCA